AUGCGUUUUACUGUUCUCCUGCUCGCAGCCGCGCAAACUGUUACCAGCGCAGUGGUGCAACGGGCUCUGCCAGUUGAGUUUGGCUGCACACCCUGCUCUCCCAACGAUGGUCCUCACUACGAUGCCGCCGCCAAAGCCACCGCAGAGAUCGAUCCUGCUCUUCUUGCAGAAGGAAAGGCUUCCUUCGAUCAGACAUUCGACGCUGGAUACCACCCAGCUCUCUGCGAUGCCCAUCCAGUGAACUGCAUCACAGGAGCAGCCGGCGUGACAUGGACUGGAACUCCAGGACUGACAGCACCUUUGGGCAGAUGGAGGAGGAAGGAUGGAACCGACACCAUUGCCUGGGGCUAUUGGCAACAGACUUUGCAGUGGACUGGAGCAGGAGGAUCAGGCACCACAUACAAUGCUCAUUGCACAAUCUUGACUUGCGUCAAGGGUAGAAUGCAGGCUACCAUCGGUACCGAAAGCAUCAAGGGUGAUGGAAAGACUGAUGAUAGUGCGGAGAACAUCUGCGGUUGUUUCCCGAAGGAUCUUGACGCAGAUAUCACGUUCAGCCUGUUCUAG